CUUAUCACGUUGCUCUGCUCCUCCAAUAGCCCUGGAAAGGACCUCGAAGCUCUAGACUUGUUUCGCGCAGAACCUUGCCUUUCAUUGGGGGCCUGCAGCCAUGGAGGGGGUAGAUCCCGCUGUGGAGGAGGCGGCCUUCGUGGCAGACGACGUUAGCAACAUCAUCAAGGAGUCAAUUGAUGCAGUGCUGCAAAACCAGCAAUACAGCGAGGCGAAGGUUAGCCAAUGGACGUCGAGCUGUCUAGAACAUUGCAUAAAGCGCCUCACAGCGUUGAAUAAGCCGUUCAAGUACGUGGUGACCUGCAUCAUCAUGCAGAAGAACGGCGCGGGCCUGCACACGGCGGCAUCAUGCUGGUGGGACAGCACGACCGACGGGAGCCGCACCGUGCGGUGGGAGAACAAGAGCAUGUACUGCAUCUGCACGGUGUUUGGUCUGGCGAUCUGAGGCGCGCUGUCGAACGGCAGGGAAGGAUUGACGUCUCGGAAGAGGAGAAGUGGUCCGAGGAGAAGAGCUGUGGCGCAGGGCGCCCUGGUAGCGGUUUGUGAGGCCUUCUGCACGAUGGACUGUGCUAAACGCUGAGCCAAGCAGAGCGCAGUGGCGAACUCCGCGCUACGGUAUUCACGGCAAGGAAGCGCGGGGAAUGGAGGUACGCUGUGCCGUUGCAAGGAACACGCGGCGUCGGCAAACAGCACGGCUCCAGCCGGGGUGCUGCUGGGUCGACACACACGCAGAUGGGGGCAGCAUGCUUGAUUGGAGGCAGAUGCGUGAAUCUGAAUGCGCGCUGUACGGGUGUCAUGUGAGAGCAUGUGUAUGACGGCAGGCUUCGGGAUUACCUUUGCGUUGACAAUCACGUCUGCCAGGAUAGUAUUGUGCAGUAAGGCUGGCGGCAGGGCCAUGGGUGUGUGGGGGCGUGGGGAUGCAGCAAUUGUUUUUCCCCGAGUGCGCUAGGUGGAAUGAGUGCAGAUGGGUGGUGGGGUAGGUGCGACCGCAUUCGUGGGCGGAAAUGGUGCAACAGGAGGUGCAGGAGGUGUACAGAAGAGAGCGUGAUGAGCGCUUCCAGUGUGCCAGGUUUUCGGCGUGCAAAACGGGUUGGCAGAAUGGCAGUUGGGAUCAGAGAGUCUGCG